CUGCCAGCUUUUCCUCCUCCACCAAGCAACAAUGACUUGAGUAGAGACAGAAAUAUCAAGCCUUUGAAACCCCCAGCUCCUUCUAUAGACAGAAGCACAAAACCCUCACUGGAUCGCCUUGCUCCACCAUUUGAAAGAGAAAGCCCAGGAUCAGGGAGGAAGCCGGGCUUUCCUGAAAAGCCUCUGACUUCACAGCUGAGAACCCUGGGGGAACAGCUAGCAAUGAUGCCAAAACCUCCUGUCCCACCAAGCGACAGAUACGAAAGAGGUAAUCCACCUCCUCUGAGGAAGCAGAGUCCUGGAAAGCAGGGCUGGCCCCCACAAAAAAAAAAUGGAGAAGAAGAAGAGACUGCACCCCAAAGACCAGUGCCACAGCUGUCUUUGCCCCCAUACAGCUCCAACACGUUCCCAUCCAAAUCUGUCAAGCCUCCACCUAAGCCAGGAUCCAACAGCACGCCUGCCGCAGAAAGCUCUAGAAACCUGUCUUCAAGUGGCUCCCUACCACCACGCUUACAUCUAGGCAACAACAGCAGAUCUCCUUCAAGAGGUGCAGCUGAUAUGAGACCUCCGUUGCCAAUUCCUAUCAGGCAGACUGGUCACCAGACAAACGUGGAGGAAGACGAGGACUCACUCAAUGAGGAAUGGUACGUUGCUUAUGUCAGCCGGCCAGCAGCAGAAGCAGCUCUUCGAAAAAUAAACAAGGAUGGAACAUUCUUGGUAAGAGACAGCUCCAGAAAAACUGCUACUCACCCGUACGUACUGAUGGUGCUGUACAGAGAUAAAGUAUACAACAUCCAGAUUCGUUACCAGGAGCAAAAUCACAUUUAUUUGUUAGGAACCGGCUUAAAAGGAAAAGAGGAUUUUUCUUCUGUAGCAGAUAUCAUUGAUUACUUCCAGAGAACACCUCUUCUUCUGAUUGAUGGAAAAGACAGAGGUUCAAGAAACCAGUGCAUGUUAAAAUACGCUGCAGGACGUAUGGAAAUGAGACCUUAA